AUGCCACAGCCCAAUUCUACAGCCAAACCAAGACGUUUCUUUUCCUAUCUCCUUGCCCUCAUUGGCCUUGACGGCUACUCACGACCCAAGUCACAUGAGUUUGGGACAUCGAGUGUACUGUCAGACUCCACUCUGAUAGUCAGCCACGCAGAUCUUUAUGAUCACUGCGAUGAGAAGCUAGCCUCCUCCGCCUGGGUCUUCAGGUCCUGGAUAUCUGGUCUACCCAAGAUGGUCCUAUGCCAUAUCCUCUCUAAUACUGCUCUCCAGAACCCGGCUCUUUGUGACCAAAUGAUGGCCGAUUACCGUCCUUCAGCUUCAACCCCUACUCCGGAUAGGCUUGGUGAGAUCUUGCUUGCCCAAGAGAGGGCCCGUUCUUUGGUCCAUGGGCUUGACCAGCUACGACCAUCAGAGCAAUUUGCACGCGCUGCUGAUAUUGCUGACGAACUUCAUAGUCUCGUUCGUCUCUGCAGUCUUACACUACACUCGUCUUCCCAGGGUCACUCAUUAGUUGCACUUCUUGGUCUCUUAAUAAUUGUCCAGGAGAGUCUUGAUGCACCCCCAGAAGUACGCCAACAUGUUUUUUAUCAUGCCAAGUUCGGACGGACUGUCAUCCUUGAAAUGGCCGCUGUCCUUAAGAACCACAAGAAUCCUCCUCUGUCCUCGUCAGAGUGGUCUGCCGUGGUUUCUAUCCUUGACCCUCCCCAGUCUUGGCUUGACUCUCUUGCCAAUGCAUGCACCAAAAUAGCCCGUUACGAUGUCGGCUGGGACUUUCGAAACGAAUAUGAAAAUGUUCUCGACAUCGCCCGACGAUACCGCACCACCUAA